GUUACCAUAGAUGGACUCUGUGAUUGUAUUGGUUGGGAUUUUCUAUAUUUUUAUCAAGGUUCUAGAUUGAGGAUUUCAGGAUGGUGUUGAUAGUUGCAAGUUUGUGGUUAUAGACUUUUUAUGGGUUCUUUUCUUCAUGAAUCAAAGGAGCAGAGCUUCUAUUUGAUUUCUCUUUGUUUAUUUCUUCUCCUCCAUCAUCACCUUCUUAUUUAUUUUCUUUCAUUCACUAAUCCCAUCACCAUUGCUAUGAAUCGAAGUCCUUAUUGAUCAAUAUCUAUUUUUGUGGCUUCAUUGUUGGAGCAUAAGUAGCAUAUUCAGAAACAGAUGAAACGUCCACUACUGCUGAUCACCUUCAGAUAGAGCAAGACAUGACAUUUAAUUGGGAAAAAUCUCCUCACUUCAUCUAUGAAGUUGACUAAAUACCAUUAUUUCAUCUCCAUACUUAGAGGAAAGAUAAUCAUAGCUCUAAGAGCUACCACAUUCUUGGUGAAACUAGAAAAAAGCCCAGGUAUCCUAAGAUUUGAUUGCUCCCCUCAAUUGGGAAGUGGCAGCCCUUCCGAAUUUGGACAAAAAUCUUUUUUCCUUGCUGGUGUGGUUAAUGCAAUAACUCAGGAGUUGUGUAGCAAUACUCUUGAGUGUGUUAUCAAUAGGUUGAAAAUGGCAGCUCAAAAUUUUCUUUCGCUCGAAACAAGUGGAAGGAGCUCACAAGAUAGGAGAGACGUUAUGAUUAAAUUACAUUGUAUUUUUCAAGAUAAUCACAUUUUUAUCACAAGACUUAUUAUUUUGUCAUUAAUUGAUUAUAUUUGUGAUAAAACAUAGUAUUUGUCCUAGAA